UGUAUUCGAUUGGUUAACCGCCCAUUGCCUUCACAGCAGCCAUAAGACCGGCGAUUUCUCGUACAAGACUACCAAGAUUCUGAGUCAAAUGUGGCUCUAACUUCUUGUAGUGCUUUAUAUCAAGAUGCUGUUCCGGGCCAGACAGGGCACUGCCCUCUUCCUGAACCUCGGAGGAAAUGCUCGUACACUCUCUUUCAAUUUUACGCGAGGCUUCCGCCAGAAUGCGAAACAAUACUGUCAGAAGGUAGAGGAGAAGACUGUCUCUGGGACACCGUACCCGAACCUGACGAUAGGAGUUCCCAAGGAACGGUACCUCAACGAGAAGCGCGUGGCUCUCAGUCCAGUGGCUGUGGCCAAUCUUACGAAAAAGGGCUUCAAUGUCAAUAUAGAAAAGGGGGCAGGAGUGGAAGCCAAGUUUUUAGACAGUGAUUAUGAAGCUUCAGGUGCAAAAAUUACAUCACUCAAAGAUGCAUUUCAGUCGGACAUCGUUCUGAAGGUGCGAGCACCCGAGGAGAGCGAGAUCCAGAACUUCAAGGACAAUGCCACACUUCUCAGCUUUUUAUACCCAAAACAGAAUGCUGAGCUUGUGCAAAAGCUGGCCACCAAGAAGCUCAAUGUGUUUGCUAUGGACAUGGUACCUAGGAUCUCCCGGGCACAGGUGUUUGAUGCACUUAGCUCCAUGGCCAACAUUGCUGGGUACAAAGCUGUUAUUGAAUCUGCUAACAACUUUGGCCGAUUCUUCACAGGUCAGAUCACUGCCGCCGGUAAAGUGCCCCCAGCAAAGGUUUUCAUCAUUGGAGGAGGCGUGGCCGGUCUCAGUGCCGUUGGAACUGCCAAAAAUAUGGGUGCAAUCGUACGUGCCUAUGAUGUGCGCCCAGCUGUGAAGGAACAAGUGGAAUCGCUGGGAGGUGAAUUUUUGGAGGUGUCUGUACAGGAGUCUGGAGCAGGAGAAGGAGGUUACGCUAAAGACCUCAGCGAGAUGUCACAGGAGUUCCAGGAUGCACAGAAGGCGUUGUACGCCAAACAGUGCAAGGACGUCGACAUCGUCAUCACAACAGCUUUAGUGCCUGGCAAACGUGCUCCGAUCCUUAUCACCAAGGCCAUGGUUGACGCAAUGAAGCCUGGUUCUGUGGUGGUGGAUCUUGCUGCUGAGGCUGGAGGUAACAUCGAGACCAUCAAGCCCGGGGAGCUGUACCGCUACAACGACGUAACACACGUUGGGUACACUGACCUUCCCAGUCGUCUCCCCACACAGUCCAGUACGCUGUACGCCAACAACAUAUCCAAGCUCCUCUUGUCAUUUGGGGAGAAGGAGCACUUCAACAUUAAUCUGGAGGAUGAAGUAGUGCGUGGGUCUAUCGUCAUGCACAACGGUAAUAUUUUGCCCCCUGCCCCACCUCCGAAGUUGGAUGCUGUAGCUCCAAAAGCAGCUGCAGCGGCUGUUAAGAUUGAAGCACCACCUCCAGACAAGAGGGCCGAGACAAUGCGUGAGGCAAUGCUUUACUCAGCUGGACUGGUAGGGGCUGUGGGCCUCGGCACGAUUUCACCAAACCCUGCCUUCGCCACCAUGUUUACAACAUUCAGUCUGUCAGGAAUUGUGGGUUACCACACAGUGUGGGGUGUAACUCCGGCCCUUCACUCUCCCCUUAUGUCGGUCACCAACGCCAUCUCCGGAACAACAGCGGUAGGUGGUCUUCUCCUUAUGGGUGGGGGCUACAUGCCAACCAACUCCCUGCAGGCCUUCGCUGCUGCAGCUACGUUCCUCUCGGCUAUCAACAUUGGCGGCGGCUUCAGCGUCACUCAGAGAAUGCUCGACAUGUUCAAGCGCCCAACUGACCCCCCAGAGUACAACUCCCUGUACGCCAUACCUGCAGGAGCAUUCCUCGGAUCUUAUGGUUUAGCUGCGAAUAUGGGAAGCUAUCCCGAUGUUCACCAGAUGGUGUACUUGGCUUCAGGACUGUGUUGUGUAGGAGCAUUAACAGGACUGUCUUCACAGAAAACAGCACGUGUCGGUAAUGUCCUAGGAAUGAUUGGAGUGGCUGGAGCCCUCGGAGGGACCCUGGGAAUCCUGAAGCCUAGCUAUGAAAACUUCGCUCAGAUGGCAGCAUGUUUGGGAUCAGGUGGCUUACUUGGAACCGUGUUUGCUAAGCGUAUGGAGGUGACUGACCUGCCUCAGGUCGUGGCCCUGUUCCACAGCCUGGUCGGUGUGGCUGCUGUGCUCACCUGCUACAGUAACUUCCUCCUGGAACAGCCUCACUUUGUUACAGACCCAGCUGCCAACGUCAUCAAGACCUUCAUUUUCCUGGGAACAUUUAUCGGAGGGGUCACCUUCACUGGAAGUCUGAUAGCCUUCGGCAAACUUCACGGUGUCCUGAAGUCCGAACCAUUACAUUUACCAGGGAGACAUUUACUGAAUGGCUCUAUGAUGGCGAGCAAUGUUGCCGCCAUGGGUAUGUUCUUGGCAAGUGACUGCCCAACAACCACUAUGGGUAUGCUUGGAGUCACCACAGCUUUGUCCUCCGUGAUGGGUGUGACCCUUACUGCAGCCAUCGGAGGUGCUGACAUGCCUGUGGUCAUCACUGUGCUCAACAGCUACUCUGGCUGGGCACUGUGUGCUGAAGGCUUCAUGUUGAACAAUAACAUCAUGACCAUUGUCGGUGCCAUGAUUGGAUCCUCAGGAGCCAUUCUCUCCUACAUCAUGUGUAAGGCCAUGAACCGAUCCUUGACCAGUGUAAUCCUUGGAGGGUACGGUACCAAAGGUACUGGCACCGGUAAACCAAUGGAGAUCACUGGGGAACACACCGAGAUCAAUGUAGAUUAUGCUAGUGAACUGAUCACACAAGCCCGCAGCAUCAUCAUCACCCCCGGUUACGGACUCUGUGUUGCCAAGGCACAGUACCCUAUUGCUGAAAUGGUGGAACUUCUCAAGAAAAAGGGCAUCAACUGUCGCUUUGGUGUCCACCCCGUGGCAGGUCGUAUGCCGGGUCAGCUGAACGUUUUGCUGGCUGAGGCUGGAGUACCAUACGAUGUUGUCCUGGAGAUGGAUGAGAUUAACGAAGACUUUCCGGAAACCGACCUUGUGUUGGUAAUUGGUGCCAACGACACCGUGAACUCAGCAGCUGAGGAGGAUCCUAACUCCAUCAUUGCAGGCAUGCCUGUGCUCCGCGUGUGGAACUCCAAAAAUGUGAUCGUGAUGAAGAGGACCCUUGGUGUAGGUUAUGCUGCCGUAGACAACCCAAUCUUCUUCAAGGAGAAUACCUCCAUGUUGCUAGGAGACGCCAAGAAGACCUGUGAUGCUCUAUUGUCCAAAGUUCGCGCACACUACGAAGAUUAACGCUAAUCCACCAUUAGCAACCUUGAACUCAAUAGUGCUGCAGAUUUGUUUCACUCAUACAUUUUUUCUCGUGUGAAAAUCAUGUUAAAAAUUCACUGAGAAUUUUUUAGUGUGUGUGAACCAUUUCUACGUUUACAGGAAAAGUGCUUUCACCAAACCUUGAAUACGACAGUUGAAGAAAAAGUUUUUUAAGUUCACCAGAGAAAUGAAUCAUGAUCAAAAUGAUGAUUAAGUGGUUGACUUGCAUUUAGCAUUCAUUACUAAACUGGACAUGACCCUAGAAAGUAUUAUUGCUGAGGAGCAACCAACGGCAGCACCUUUCUAGUCAUUAUACAAAAAUGACUUUCACUGUCUGUUUAUUGACAAUUUGUCGCUCUUUGUCAGUGUCGAAUUUUCGACAAUUACGAAAGACUAUAUUAUCCAACCCCAUUUUACAAUCCUUAUUUCUUUAUAUGCAGCUCUUUUUAUCCCGAUAACUAAAUUGAAAAAUGUAUUUUGGUUAAAAAUAGAAAAAUUGUCAUCUUCGAAAAACCCAACAUGCUCUCGUUGACCGAGUUCUUAUGUUUCACUGAAGGUAUAGGCUGCUACCAAGAUUUCACUCUCUUUUUUUCCCAAAAAUAUUUUUCAGUUUAAUUGGCGAGAAUAACUGCAUGCUAUAAGAUUAAUAUUGGUAAAUUGGGUAUAUUAGAUGCAUAAAAAAAAUCUCCACACCUAUUAAAAUUAGCCAAAAAGUUCCUUUGUGAAAACAAACUUGUUAUGGACCAUAGCUAUUUAUCAGACAUGAAAAUCUGUAUUCCAUUCCUGGCUGAUGUCUCUCAGAUUGAACUUUGUACAGGAGACAUAUUCUUAAGAUGAAAAAACAAUGUAGCAGACCACCAACUCUGUGUAAAGAAUCUCUAUUUGUACUGGGUUUAAUCCUUUCACCACUGUAGUGGACUCAUCCAGAUCAAUACAUGGUAGAGUCUACGAAAGUUACAUAGUGGUGAAACGUUUAAAUAGAUUUGUCCUGCUUUAGUGACAGAUGCCCACUUACUGGCUGGGUCAAGUUAUUUAAGGACUACGUAUUAAUUGUUAAUCACAACUAAAUUAGUCAGAGUACAGUUUUGAGCCCUGUUUUGAAUUUUGUGUAUUUAUUUUGCUGCAAUUAAUGGUUGUUUGGUGCUGUAGGUUGAACCUUCAGCACAGGGUGUCUUUACAUUUACACAAUGUACCAGGUGGAAACUAGUCUGGUGAAGUAAAUUUCAUUUUAUAUACAAACUCA